AUGCCUCCGCGUCGCAGCUACUGCCCGUCGCCGCUAAAGCCCUUUACAGAUAACCCCCUUUCAGCUUCCUUUCUAUUCCUUUCUGUGUAUCAUGUUUUGUCUGUGAAACCUCCCAGCCGACUCAAUUUCGUUCGACGAUCAAUCGCGUCCAGCCAUCAUUCCUGCCACAAGACCGCCAACACUGCCGACCUAGCCUCCAUUCCGUCAAUUUCGACGAAGACUCGUAUCACCGGCGACGACAAAUCAUACUACCGGCAACGAGGAAGUAAAACCGGCGACCACAGCCCUUGUAGAUUUUUGCAAUCUCUACCAGGUUUUUUUUGUUUUCUGCCGGAAUUUAGCCGGAAAAAACUUGAUUGUCGGAAAGUUAUGUCAAUACGUCAUCACCACCCUUCUCCACUAGAUUACACAACCAGGCUACAUAUGGGGUUUGGUUAUGCGAUACUCUUCUACGUUAUGGCGGAUGUUAUGGGCCUAGGACAUGGAGGUGAUGGAGCCGGGGAUCCACUACCUCCAGUGGGCUUUGGUCGUGGACAACACGAACAGGAUGCUGAGCUUCCUAAAAAAAGAAGAGGCCUAGCAAAAAACAUCCAACAUCAAAGCUGA